AUGCCUCACGCUUCCCAGCCAGAGCCUAUGUUUGGCCUUCUUUUCCAAGACGCGCCGCAUGACCACCUCCUCGUCCGCUUUUUCGGCUCCGGCGCGUCUUGCCAGACCUCGCUCGUCUGCCCCGUCGGUGGUGGCCCCGUUCGCGUCCGGAAGGCCCUCAAGUCCACCGCCAUCGCCACGGGUUCCCUCAACGAGAGCGCCGAGGUCCAGUUCGACCGCGACGUCGCCGUGGCCCGCCAACUCCACGCCCGCGCCGCCGCCACCGGCUACCGGUUGCUCGUCCCCAAGCUCCUCGGGGAGUACCCGCCGCUCCCGGGCCAGCCGCAGCGGGGGAAGCAGCGACGGGGGUCGUCACACCCGCCGACGGCGCCGCGCUCGUCCUACUGGACCCUCUGCAACGGCGGCACGCUCUUCGGCUUGGACAUGGCUUGCGUCCGGGCCGGCGUCUCCCUCCCGCGCGGGCUGGUCCUGCACUUUCUGCAGCAGGUGCUCGAGACGCUCGAGUUCAUGCACGCGGACCCCGUCGCGCCCGUCUUCCACCGCGACCUGCACCCCGAGAACGCGCUGCUGCACUUCGCGCCCGGCCGGCUCCUCCCGGACCUCUACAUCAUCGACUUCGGCCGGGCCGGGACGCGCGCCGCCCCCACUGCAGCAGCGGCUGCAGCCGCAACCACCGAAGACGACGACGACGACGACGACCGCCAACGGCGCUGCUGCUGCACCCGCGCCCGCUGCGACUGCAAGGCCUGGGAUGUCUCGCGCCUGCUGCACGACGACCUCCUGUCGCUGCUGCGUUGCCCAGACCACCGCCACCCCCGGCCCGACAUCGACACCGACACCGGCAGCGAGAGCGACACCGACACCGACACCGACGCGGCGGCGGGAUCCUGCCCGCUGUGCCGGGCCCGGCGGAUGCUACAGGCCGCCGACCGCGCGUACUGGGCGAUCGUGGCCGAAGACGAAGCAGCGGCCGCCGCGGGGGGGCACGGGCGCGGGCGAGCGCAGCAGCACCGCAAGCGGCAGCUGGCCGUGCCCACGCUGCAGCCCAUCAUCGGCUUCCUGCGGCGCGAGGUGGCGCACGAGCUGGAGCGGGUCGCGACGGCGGCCGAGUUCGCCGACUUCCGGCGGCGGGUGCUGGUGCCGGUGCGCAAGGCGGCGCUGGCGCUGGAGGCGGCGGCGCCGCGCGUGGCGGCCACGGCGGGCGAGCUGGUCGCCGCCUGCGAGGGCGUGCCGGGCCCGUGGAGCGUCGUCGCGCUCGAUGUCGACGCGGAUGGGUGCGCUGUGGACGACCCGAGGGUCGUGCCGGCCGGGCCGCGGCGCAGCGAGGAGGAACUGUGA